UGACUUCGCUAAACAGAACCAUUACCAGUCUUUGAGGUGACCCCUGGAGAAAUAGGACCUUGAAAUUUCAUCAGAAUGGCACCCAAUUACGACGCCACAUCUCUCUUCUCCGUCAAGGGCCUCGUCGCCGUCAUCACGGGCGGUGGAUCCGGUUUGGGCGCAAACGUAGCACACGCACUGGACGCGAACGGUGCAAAAGCAGUCUAUGUUCUCGGCCGUCGUGCCGAAGCUCUCGAGCGCACCGCCGCAGAAGCCAAAAACGGCAGUAUCAAACCCAUCGUAUGCGAUGUGACAGACAAGUCACAGCUCGCCGCGGCCGCCGCGAAAGUGUCCUCGGAAUCCGGAUUCAUCAACGUGCUGUUUGCAAACUCAGGCGCCAUCGGGCCGCCAACGGGCGAUUUGCUGUCGCGCGACACGCCGCCUUCUUUGGACGAGUUUACGAGCAGGCUGUGCGAGGUAGAGAUGAGUGACUUUACUCAGACGAUGCAUGUCAAUGUCACGGGCACAUUCUUUACAGCGCUGGCGUUUGCGAAGCUGCUGGACGCAGGCAACAAGGCUGCGAACGUGGUUAUGAAGAGCCAAAUAAUCGUCACAUCGAGUAUUGCGGCGUAUACGCGUGUGCCGGCGGCGGGGUUCAGUUAUUCAUACAGCAAGGUUGCGGCGUCGCAUAUGGUGAAGCAGUUGUCGACGGUGCUUGGGCCGUAUAAGAUUCGGUGCAAUGCGAUCGCACCAGGGUUCUUUCCUAGCGAGAUGACGGAAAACAUGCCGUGGAACAAGACCGGCAAAGAUCCGAGGCAAGAAGGCAACUUGCCGGCAAAAACUUGUCCCCUGGAGAGGACGGGUACUGAGGAAGAUAUUGCCGGAACGGCCAUGUGGCUGAUGAGUCCAGCAGGAUCGUACAUGAAUGGAUCUAUACAGCUGAUUGAUGGGGGAAGAGUAGGAGGUCAGCCAGCGACUUACUAG